AUGAUUACACAAAAACCUGGUAACAAUGUAUCCCUUGAUUUUCUCACAAAAGCAACAAAAUGCGAUAAAUGUCAAAAAGAGGAAGAGUACUAUGUGUAUGAAUGUGCAAAAUCUUCAUUUGAUUUAAGUUUAUGUUCUUCAUGUCGUGAUUGUCAAACAAAACGCUGGGUCUGUCCUUUUUGUUGUCAAACAUUUACAAAGGGAGAUUUAUUAAAAAAGCAUCUUAAUAGAUGUUCUAAGGGAAAUUGUUCUCUUGCAAAGAUAGAUACUGUAUCAAGAUUUAAUUGUUGUAAUUUUAUCAUGAACAGUGAAAAUUGUUACACUCACAUUAUUAAUUCACAUUGUACACAUUUGCUAAAAUCUAAAGACAGUAGAUUACCAAAGCUGACUGAAUACGAAUCGCAACAGAAGAAGCUAAAACAAAACGGAAUUCACUCACAACAAGUUUUAGCUGAAGGUAGUAUUUUCGGAUUUGCUAAUACAAUUGAAACUCCCUUUUCAAUAAUUGACACUCUUUAUUUUCCAGUUUCAGAAAUAUUUCACAAAGAAUCGGAUGUAAAAUGUGAAAAAAUUGGAAAUUUUGUUUUUAAAGAGCUACCAUAUGAUUUGGGGUGUGAAAUUUUAAAAGAUGUGAAUGGAAAGGGUGUAUUUCAAUCAAAAGAAGAAAUAUACUGUUAUAUUUUGGUUAAUCAUUUCAAAUUGUGUAAAAGUGGGUACGAUUUCCUUAGAGAUAUGUUCAAAUACAUGGUCCCUGAAUCAACUUUUAACGAAAUUCCUUGUUACGAUACAUUACUCGAAAGGAAAAAAGCAAUGAUCAAUUUUGAAUACAAACAAGAGGAUGGAUUUGCAGCAAUUUCAUUUGAGAAUAAUUUGAAAUUGUUGUUGAAAGAUCAAGCAAUCACAAAACACAUGUGCUUAACACGAAAAGAAUAUUUUGAAAAAAAGAAUAUACAAAAGAAAGAAAAUCAACCUUACUUUUCAAAAAUAUUUGGUGAAUACCUUGCUAAAUGCCCUGAAGAUGCAUUUCCAUUUCUAGUUUUAGAAUAUUUUGAUGAUUUUGCUAAAUUCAGAACAAAAACCAAGUCAACAUGCGCCUCCUAUUUCACAAGUUACAAUUUUGAUUCAGAUUUCAUGUCAAGUUUAAGCGCAAUUCGUGUAAACGGUUUUUCAUGGAGUAAUGAAGGAUUUUGGAAAAUGACUGAUUCAAUUAUUCAAGAUUUUGAAAAUCAUGAUGGUAAAAUCAUUACAGUGAAACAUCCAACUACAGGAGAAGAUAUUAAGCUAUUCAUUUGCUGUAUGGGAUUUUUAUUAGAUACACCUGAAAGAUUGAAAUGUUUAGCACUUAUGAAAAAUGAAUGUUCCAGAUGUUUAGAUGCGUCAGACAACCUUGACAAAACACCAACAGAUUUAAUGGGUGCAUCCGCGUUUAAUCCAACAUGUGUACACACAUUUAAAAGGAGAGAACAUUCAGAAAUGAAAGAUAUUGUUGAGAAAUUAUCAGAAUUACCUAAAAUUGCAGAUUCUAAACAAAAUAGAAUUGCAAGGAAAGGUGUAAAAGAACAAACUUGGGAAGAGGAGAGAUUCAAAAGUAAGCAAAUGUCAACAAACAAAAGAAAACAAUUGAUGAAUCAAUUAAUUGUCAAAACAUUCAUCAAAUCAAGAUUUGUUACUCAAAUAAUGAUAGAUCCGUAUCGUAGAUCUGUAGUUGAUUUCUUUCAUUUAGAAAUUCAAGGAUUAUUUCGAAAACAUCUCAAAUUACUUGUACAAGCAUUAGAAUAUGCGACUGCUAUGGAUGAUUUAAUUGAAAUAUCAACAAAGUAUACUCUUCCAAAUGGAAAAAAGCUUGAAUUAAGAAUGGAUAUUGACACUCUUUCAGGUAUUUCAAUGUUAGAUUUUAUUAUUAUGAGUGCUCCUAUUAUUUGUGAAUUAAUUUACAAUAAUAAUCAAAAGUUGAAAAUAGAUUCUUCUAAAAAAGGAUUACUCUAUCAAGGAUGGAUUCUUCACUUACAAUAUUUUAUAAGGUUAUUAAGGGGGAAUUAUACUCAUGAUGAUAUUGUGUAUUGUGAAAAAGUAUUUACAAAAUUUCAAUCCAUUUUUACAUAUUGUUUUGGCAAAGAUAAUUGCCAAUUUCCGAAUUAUCAUUGGGCAACGCACAUUUUUGAAGAUUGUGUACUUUUUGGGGAUGUUACAUGGUUUUGGGCGUUGAUUUUUGAAUUGAAACAUUCUGAAUUCAAACAAUUUAAUGAUAGAAGUAAUAACAAAUUACUUGAAGUUAGAGGGUUGCAACAUGAAGUUGGAAUGAAUACAUUAUUUGCAGAUUAUCCAUUUACAAGACGAUUAGUUGGUAAAACACUUGAUGUUGCUAGAAAAUCAUCACUUAAGGUUGGAAUGUAUAUUCAAUUCGAUAGAUUUAUUGGGAAGAUAUCUCAAUUAGGGGAUAAUGUUGUUUGUUGUGAUGAAAUUUUUACGCUUGGAGAGUUGUGUUAUGUAUCAUUAAUGUACAAACUAUUCAUUCACUCAGUUGCCACUUCAGUAAUUCCUCUUUCAAAGAUUAAUAGCGUGUGCAGUGUAAUCAGAUUUCCAGGUCUUAUUGCUCUCAAUCAAUUUUCAUUCUGUAUGAAUUAUUACCAAUAA